AUGGAGCUGAGGACCUGGCGGAGCGGGAUCGAGCUCUCCCUCGGGCUCCUUCUCCUUUGGGCUCUCCUUCCUCCCGAGGUGCCCGGGAAAGAAGUGGAUCUUCUCAACACGAGCACUGCACAGGGUGAACUGGGCUGGCUUCCAGACCCUCCAGAAGUAGGGUGGAGUGAAGUGCAGCAGAUGAUCAACGGCACCCCGGUGUACAUGUACCAGGACUGCAGUGUGCUUUCCGAGGGUGACACCGACCACUGGCUUCGCACCAACUGGAUUUACCGGGGCGAGGCAGCCUCCCGUGUCUACGUGGAGCUCAAGUUUACGGUGCGGGACUGCAAGAGCUUCAAAGGCGAGGUGGUGACCUGCAAAGAGACCUUCAACCUCUAUUACAUGGAGUCUGAACAAGAUGUUGGGAUCCAGUUCCGCCGCCCGCUCUUCAUCAAGCUCAACACCGUGGCAGCAGAUCGAAGUUUCACAAGCAGAGACAUCGAGUCGGGCGCCAUGCAGCUGAACACAGAAGUGUGCCCCAUUGGGAAGCUGACUCGACGGGGCUUCUACCUGGCCUUCCAGAACUCUGGGGCCUGCGUAGCGAUGGUGUCCGUCCGAGUGUACUACAAGACCUGCCCGGAGGCGGUGCGGGGCCUGGCCCGUUUUCCAGAGACGCUGGCGGGCUCAGAGGGGCUGACAGAAGUGCCCGGGGUCUGCGUGGAGUAUGCAGCUGAAGAGGCAGCCUCUCCCCCCAGGAUGCACUGCAGCGCUGACGGGGAGUGGCUGGUACCAGUGGGCCGGUGCGUUUGUGCUGUGGGCUUUGAGGAAGUCGAUGGGAGCUGCGUAG